AUGGUGCAAUAUACAUGGUUUGCUGAUCAUUUCAGAGGGAUGACGCCGACAACCCACGAUGAGACCAAGUACUAUGCCUGGGGUUUCCUCAUGUUUCUGUUUGGUACUACUAUGUUCGCUGAUUGGGUGAACACCGUAGGGCUCUACCUUAUGAGCGCUCUGGUGGACCUGUCUCGCGUCCAAUUCUACGACUGGGGCGGCGCAGCUAUGGGUGUACGCCUAUUUUUCGAGGCUUGCCCCAGAGCCAGAGGUAGAGAUACCACCCAUGGUGCCAUCACCUGGAAGCCGUGGGCAGUGAUGCCUACCGGGGUUAGAGAUCAGUUUGCCAGCGCUCGGGAGGCUUCCCAAUUUCAGAUCUUGCUCGAGGGCCGGAUGCCAGUUCCACCGGAUGCCCCAGUGGGAGCCGUAGCAGGGCCUUCAGUGCCUCUCCCGACAGCAAGGAAAGAGAGACGAGGGACUCCAACGCACAGCCGAGAUGGAGUUAGACGUAUUCAUGAUGAGAGCGGUCCACCAGAGCCUAUCCCGGAUGAUGAUGAGAUAGAUGAGGACGAAGAGCUAGCGAGCCCGCAGUCAGAGUCAUCUGAGGGUGGAGGCAAUGGUACUGGCUCGGAUUCUGAGGACUGUGGCGAUGCUGAAGAUGGCUCCGAGGAGGGGAGCGGAGAUGCUGAAGAAGGCUCUGGCUCAGAUUCAGAUAGUGGCGCCGAUGGCGAUAGCUCUGAGAUAUCAGGACAAGGUCGUGGUGGGAGGCGUGGUAGGCCUAGGAGGCAGGAGAUGACUAUACUGGGUGCAAUUCUGGCGCAGAAGGAAGGAGUGGGUCAGGCCAAUGUGGUUGAACCGUGUAAUUGUUUUAACUACUCUUGGAAGAAUAAACUAGAGAAAUACCAAAAUGUUAAGGCCUUCCUAAAGAAUUAUGGAUCUCUUGCUCCAAAAAGGUACACUUAUUCCGACAUCAAGAAAAUGACAAACUCCUUUAGAGUUAAACUAGGUCAAGGAGGCUAUGGUUGUGUUUUCAAAGGAAAGCGAGAAAAUGGUUGCCUUGUGGAAGUGAAGGUUUUUAAAGGAUUGAAAGACAACGGAGAAGAGUUCAUUAAUGAGGUUGUAGCCAUUGCUAGGGCUUCUUAUGUUAAUAUUGUAAAUCUUGUGGGGUUUUGUUUUGACGGUCACAAUAAAGCUCUUGUAUAUGAGUUCAUGCCUAAUGGAUCCCUUGAGAAAUUCAUAUACGAUAGGAAUUCCUUGACAUAUCGCCAAUUGGGAUGGGAAGCAUUGUACAAAAUUGUAGUUGGUAUUGCUCGAGGAUUAGAUUAUUUACACCAUGGUUGCAAAAUGGGGCUUUUGUAUUUUGACAUAAAGCCUCACAAUAUUCUUUUAGAUGAGGACUUUUGCCCAAAGAUCUCAGAUUUUGGCCUUGCUAAACUAUGUCCACAGAAAGAGAGUAUCGUAUCACUAUUGGGUGCUAGAGGGAUUACUAGUUAUAUUGCCCCAGAAGUAUUUUGUAGAAACUUUGGGGGAAUUUCACACAAGUCAGAUGUCUACAGUUAUGGAAUGAUCAUUCUAGAAAUGGUCGAAGGAAGAAAGAAUAUUGAUGUCAAAGUUGAUCACACAAGUGCGAUAUAUUUUCCACAUUGGAUAAACAAGCGACUUGAGCUGGAUAAAGAACUUGGAGUGCAUGGCAUUAUGAAUUAUGAGGCAAAUGAAAGUGCAGGGAAGAUGAUUAUAGUUGGCUUGUGGUGCAUACAAAUGGAUCCCUCACACUGGCCAUCAAUGAAUAGGGUGGUAGAGAUACUAGAAGGAAGCCUGGAGUCCAUGCAAAUCCCGCCUAAGCCUUACUUGUCUUCUCCCCCAAGAUCACCACCAGAUUCUUCAACUAUAUUCGUGUCAUAA